UAAUUUCCCCCCGGGGAUCAACAAAGUAUCUCUGAUUCUGAUAUUUAUUUCCUUGCAGGAGAGAGGGAAGUUCGUCCCAAAUUGGCUGCUGUAUUGAUACCGUCCACCUUAAAGAAGGGUGCUUCAUUGAGCUGUGAGUGUGACUACAAACGGAGUGCACUCCACCACGGAGUGGAAGGGUGUAGCUGCCGGAUUGGAAUGGGCCGUAUCUGUCGUCCAUCGUUCACUCACGUGGUACCCCGCCCGUCACGUCACGCCACAACGUGUUGUCUAAAAGGCUGUAAAACCUGUGCGACAAGACAGUGAGCAGUGUACCUGUGUGGAUGUUUGCUCGCAAGUUUUUGGAGAGAGGGAAGUUCGUCCCAAAUUGGCUGCUGUAUUGAUACCCUCCACCUUAAAGAAGGGUGCUUCAUUGAGCUGUGAGUGUGACUACAAACGGAGUGCACUCCACCACGGAGUGGAAGGGUGUAGCUGCCGGAUUGGAAUUGGGCCGUAUCUGUCGUCCGUCGUUCACUCACCGUGGUACCCCGCCCGUCAAGUCACGCCACAACUUGUCUUCUAAAAGGCUGUAAAACCUCUCCGACAAGACAGUGAGCGGUGUACCUGUGUGGAUGUUAGUUCGCAAGUUAUUGGUAAGAUACUACAUCACCUUCCUUUCAGCGUCAUUAAAACUCAGCAGGAAAAAUGAAAAAUGGAGCCUACCAAUGAUCAACCCUUGAAGAUCAAAAAUAAUGGACCAAUGGACAAAGUUAUCAAGGAAGAAGCAGACAACCAGAAUGAGGAAAUCAGUCAAGCUUCAACCUCAGGGAGUACACCACCUCUUGCCCAAAGUCAGCAGGGAUCGGCUCACAUGCCUCACAACCCUGUGUAUAAACAGGAAGAAGCAGACAACCAGAAUGGGGAAAGCAGUCAGGCUUCAACCUCAGGGAGUACACCACCUCUUGCCCAAGGUCAGCAGGGAUCGGCUCACGUCCCUCGCGACCCUGUGGAUAAACAGGAAGAAGCAGACAACCAGAAUGGGGAAAGCAGUCAAGCUUCAACCUCAGGGAGUACAACACCUCUUGCCCAAAGUCAGCAGGGAUCGGCUCACGUCCCUCGCGACCCUGUGGAUAAACAGGUGGAGGAGCCACAUGCAACCCAUUCUUUCGAGUGGAGCUGGGGUGACAUUAAACCCACAACUUGUACCUGCAAGAAAGCAGGAACUGUUGAGAACUUGCUGAAGAGAAGUCCACAGUUUAACAAAAUUGCAAAAAAGAACAAUAACAAAGAGCUUGUUAUUUUAAGAGAUGGGAGAGCUAUCAGUUCACACUUUCCAUGCUGCUUAAUUAAAAAUGAACUUCUGUCUAUCAAGUAUGUUGAAGCUGUUGACAAGCCGAAGCAACCGGAAAGCCAAAGAAAGGGGCCCUCUGGUGACCUUGUGACGUUUCAUUUACUGACAAGGGGAGGUAAAAAAGUAGUGAAAAUCAUGAGAAACCCAGCUCUAAAAGAUUUCCAGGAAAUGACUGUUUAUGCAUACAAAGACGAAAAAGUGGAGCAAGCUCUGAGAGGAGAUGGUCGUUUACAGAAUACCGUAUUCAAAAAGGACUGUGCUCUCUCUCACAAGAUCACUGAAAGCACCACUGAAAUGUCCAGUCUCGUUGAUGAUCUUGAUGGUAAAACUUUCAAGAUCAUACUGCUCGAUAAGUCUAGUCCACCAGCAAGUCAGCCUGGCAGUCUUGAUGAUGCUUACAUGGUGCAAACUGGAUCUCAGAGGUCUGUCUCUGAUGAAAACCAAGAUCCUCAACAGCAGUCUAGCACAACUGAGUCAGUGGAUGAAAACACACCAAAAAAGAAUACAAAGCCAGAUGGUAAUAAGGCACCAGAAAAGAUGUCAUGUGAAAUACCUAAUUCCAAGACGAUGCAGAAUCGCCUAGUUUCAGAGAUUCGAGCUUUGGUGAAAGUAAUGAAAGUUCAGCAAGGAUCUAAGCGUAUUAGUAUCCAGAAUCUCUUCCGUGUAGAUUACGGGAAGAACGCUCAGACAUGCAGGGAAGUGAAAACAAUGAAAGAACUGAUGAAACUCAGUGACUCUGUUUGCCAGGUGAGAAUAAAAGGCAAAGCAAAAGGAAGUGGGUUUCUCCUGUUUGACAAGUUUGUCCUCACAAAUGGCCAUGUAGUUAGAGGCAUUUUUAAUGAGAGUACAGGGAAGCCUUAUAAGAGGGUCACAGUCCAUUUCUCUUUUGAAAGUCUCGGCCAGAUGGAGUCAGGAGCAGCGGUGAAAGAGGUGAAAGAGGUUGCUGGAUUUGAACUCUGUGAUGAUGAGUCAGGGCACAAGCAUGACUGGGCUUUGUUGAGUCUCGGUGAUGAUCAGACAUUGCCUGAUGUUCUGUUAACACGCUUCGGAUUCCUUCCCCAAAUUGGAGCAAUUUGCAUUAUUGGGCAUCCUGAUGGUGGUGUGAAAAAGAUAGAUCCAUGCUUGAUUAUUCCGACUGAAAACCGGAUCCAGGUUGUGGAGAAGCGUCGCGGUGAAAAUCCAGAGGGCGUUGAGCCGUUCAACCCUUAUUACAGAGAAAAUCUAGAGACCAUUCAGUUGAUUACUGACCGUUUCUUCGACGAUGCGAGUAAUGAUAAAAGUAACAGACAGGCUCUAUCUUAUGAGUCUUGUUUUUAUUUUGGCUCAUCUGGCUCUCCUGUCUUUGAUGAGCACUGCAAUGUUGUUGCAAUGCAUUCAGGCGGAUAUGCCUACAGCAAUGCAAGGGGUGAAACCCAGAGUGUCAUAGAGUAUGGCUAUCCAUUGUCCAUCAUUACUGAGCACAUCAUUGUCCAAAUGGUGAAAAGAGAAAAGUUUGAUGUGUUGAAGAAAUACCUGGCUUGCAGUUAUGAACAUCACCGAGACAUGAUGACCAAUGUGAAGAAACUGGUUGAGAGCAGAAAUCUCCUAGCAUUUAAAAAUGCAGCAAACAAUUCAGUGGUCACAAAUGAUGAGAGUUUGAAGGCAUUCUUUGACUUCAUCUCUCAGAGAGAGGAACAGGUCCCAAUGGACUGUGAUUGAGCUACACAGAUAGUUACAAAGCUAACUGCUGACAAAAGAUGCAGUGCGAGUAGUUUCAGCAGUGAGCAACAAAGACUGUCAUGUCUGAUUUUAUACAUCAGGAUACUUUUGUUGUUAAGCACUUAAGGAGUGCAGGGAUUGGGGAUAAGAGCUCAUACAAAACUUGGUUUAUUCAUAGUUUUAAGUAACCAUAAUCAGUUUUAGGAUAAAGGAAACUAUGGUUUCUCCAUUGUCAUUUUAGUCACGUUUGUAUCUCUAAGUGCUUGUUUUUCUCUAUACUGUAUUUUGUAUAUUUUUUGUUCAGCAACUGUCAAAUCACUGUUCUGUUCUGAAAGCUAAAUAAUAUUUGUGUAUUUUUAUUCUGUGCGUGCUCAUAGAAAAUAUGACUGGACUGUUCACCAUUGCACUGUUAGAUUUGAAGAACCAAAGAGAAUCUGGUUGGAUUUCUAGAAAUAUUAUCGUCAGAUAUUAGCUUAUCAAAGAUUUAUAGGUGUUGGGGUAUACAUAUGUCGUCACAUAAGAAAUAAGAGAUUGCAGUACAGUAUGUUUGGGGCAAUUUAGAAACAGUGUUCAGAAACAUUGAGUACUUUAUCUAUCAGAGAGAACCGACUGUACACUGUCUGGUUCAGUGCAUGUCUUGGUCCCUUUUUUGUAUGCAGAAAUGUUUAAUGUUUUUUUUUUUUAAAAUGAUAUCAGAUUUUUUAAAACUUCAACAUAUCGAUAUCAGCUUGAAAGAUAAAUUAUCAGUCGGAUUCUACUUUGUACCUUUUUAUCUUCUGUCUUUAAGCUGUUUUUAAGAAAAUCUUUAAGAUUUUGAUUUUAGCUUAUUUGUUUAAGAAAUAUAUUACAUUUAACAGAAAUUGUACAAUAUCGUAUACUCUGUCAUGCUGUCAUUGUGUUGCUACCACUGUCUUGGGAAUGUCUCUUGUAAAUGAGAAUUUCAAAGGUAUCUUAUCUUGUUAAAUUACGUCACAUUAAAAAAAAAAAGUACUAAUGAUGAUUUUUUGAUAUUCAAUAAAGGGAUUUCUUUCAUA